AUGGCCUCCAAAGCCACAAAAGCGAUUGCCCCUUCCACAGACAUUCAAUCCUUCACCGAAUACUUGAAAGGCUGCCGGCGAAUCCUCGCUCUGCUGGGAGCUGGCAUUUCCGCGGCUUCUGGUCUCCCCACGUUUCGUGGUGUUGGAGGACUAUGGCGCCAGUAUGAUGCAACCUCUCUAGCGACUCCGGAGGCUUUCGAAGACCAUCCGGGGCUGGUCUGGCAAUUCUACAGCUAUCGGAGGCAUAUGGCUCUGCAGGCACAGCCGAACAAAGCUCAUUACGCAUUGGCGGAGCUAGCUCGGAAGAACAAGGACUUUAUUACUUUAUCCCAGAAUGUUGACGGCCUCUCGCAGCGGGCGCAGCAUCCCUCCGAGCAAUUGAACCUGCUUCAUGGGUCUCUGUUCGACAUCAAAUGCACAUCUUUCUACUGCAACUAUACUCGGCAAAACGACUUUACAGAUCCCAUCGUGCCUGCCUUGGGUAUCCCCAAGCAAUCUUCAUCGCCGACCCGAUCAGAAACAGACAAGACAGGCGAAGAGGCAUCGAAGUCACUCUAUCAGGCCCUAGACGAGACAAUCAAGGCAAAGGAAGUCGACAUCUCCGACGCAAGCAACCCAAUUCCCGAGUUGACACCGGCAGACCUGCCGCAGUGUCCCCAAUGCAAGGGUCUUUUGCGGCCGGGCGUGGUCUGGUUCGGCGAGCCCUUACCGACCGAUACUAUCAAGAACGUGGACGAUUGGAUCGAAUCCGCACCCGUGGACCUCAUCUUAGUGAUCGGCACGAGCUCAAGCGUGUACCCGGCGGCGUUGUACGUCGAUACGGCCCGUGAGCAUGGCGCGAAGGUCGUGGUGGUUAAUAUGGAGAAGGACAUGCCUAGCCGUGGGACGUGCGACUGGUUUUUCCAGGGCGAUGCAGCCCUUAUAGUACCGGAGAUAUUGAAGAGCGUUAUUGGAGAUGUUUAA